CGCCAGCGAGCGGGAGAGGGAGCCGGGGAGGAAGAGGGAGAGGACGAGGAGCGCCUGGCGGCCGGGUUGGCUGCGGCCGCCCAGAGGCUCCUGCCAGUCCUCCCACCGACUACACCCCGGGAAGGAGGAGCUUCAGGCGCGCACAAGGCGUCAGAAUCCUCAAUUUCCAACUUAGCAUCUUGGCAGGACCUUUGCGAAGCCAAAAGCGGAGCCCCCCAGUGCAAAGAGCGAGGGGGGAAAAGAGAAAGCAACAAGGGAGGGGGGAGGAAACCCUGCCGGGAGGAGCGAGGCGCGCAGAGGAGCGGGCUCAUCGGUCGCAGCCGGAGGCGCGCGGGAAGCCAGCGAGGAGGCGCCGCGGGCCGGAGCCCGGGAGCCGGGGCCCGAGGAGCAGCGGCCCGGGGUAGCCGGAGACCAGGUGCCCGCCCGCUCGCCCUCGCAGGGCGCCGCCCGGCUCGUUGGCGGCCGCGGCGCGGAGCGCCCCAUGCCCGUGUGUGGCCAUGUCCUACCCGCAGGGCUACUUGUACCAGCCGUCCGCCUCGCUGGCGCUCUACUCUUGCCCGGCGUACAGCACCAGCGUCAUCUCGGGGCCCCGCACGGAUGAGCUCGGCCGCUCGUCGUCGGGCUCCGCGUUCUCGCCCUACGCCGGCUCCACCGCCUUCACGGCGCCCUCGCCGGGCUACAACUCGCACCUCCAGUACGGUGCCGAUCCCGCGGCGGCAGCCGCCGCCGCCUUCUCUUCGUACGUGGGCUCUCCCUACGACCAUACACCGGGCAUGGCAGGUUCCUUGGGGUACCACCCGUACGCGGCGCCCCUGGGCUCGUACCCGUACGGGGACCCCGCGUACCGGAAGAACGCCACGCGAGACGCCACCGCUACGCUCAAGGCCUGGCUCAACGAGCACCGCAAGAACCCCUACCCCACCAAGGGCGAGAAGAUCAUGCUGGCCAUCAUCACCAAGAUGACCCUCACCCAGGUGUCCACCUGGUUCGCCAACGCGCGCCGGCGCCUCAAGAAGGAGAACAAGAUGACGUGGACGCCACGGAACCGCAGCGAGGACGAGGAGGAGGAGGAGAACAUUGAUCUGGAGAAGAACGACGAGGAUGAGCCCCAGAAGCCCGAGGACAAGGGCGACCCCGAGGGCCCCGAAGCAGGAGGAGCAGAGCAAAAGGCGGUUUCAGGCUGUGAACGGCUGCAGGGGCCGCCCACCCCUGCCGGCAAGGAGACCGAGGGCAGCCUCAGCGACUCGGAUUUUAAGGAGCCGCCAUCCGAGGGUCGCCUCGACGCGCUGCCCGGGCCCCCCCGCGCCGGUGGGCUCUCCCCGGCCGGGCCCGCGGCAGCGCGGCUGGCCGAGGACCCAGCCCCUCAUUACCCCUCCGGCGCGCCGGCUCCGGGCCCGCACCCAGCCGCGGGAGAGCUGCCCCCCGGUCCCGGAGGGUCCUCGGUCAUACACUCGCCGCCACCGCCGCCGCCGCAGGCGGUGCUCGCCAAGCCCAAACUGUGGUCUCUGGCGGAGAUCGCCACAUCCUCGGACAAGGUCAAGGACGGGGGCGGCGGGAGCGAGGGCUCUCCGUGCCCACCAUGCCCCGGGCCCGUAGCCGGGCAAGCCCUAGGAGGCAGCCGCGCCUCGCCAGCCCCGGCGCCAUCGCGCUCGCCCUCGGCGCAGUGUCCCUUCCCAGGCGGGACGGUGUUGUCCCGGCCUCUCUACUACACGGCGCCCUUCUAUCCUGGCUACACGAACUAUGGCUCCUUCGGACACCUUCACGGCCACCCGGGGCCCGGGCCAGGCCCCACCACGGGUCCGGGCUCGCAUUUCAAUGGAUUAAACCAGACCGUGUUGAAUCGAGCGGACGCUUUGGCUAAAGACCCGAAAAUGUUGCGGAGCCAGUCCCAGCUAGACCUGUGCAAAGACUCUCCCUAUGAAUUGAAGAAAGGUAUGUCCGACAUUUAACGCGGGCUGCGUCGGUCCCGGACCUUCCUAAUUUAUUAAAAAAAAGAAAACAUGGCCUUGGCAGUUAUUUUUCCAUCAACAUGAGAGAAAAGCAAAACUACCCCUCCUACUAAAAAGUUUAUAGUACAUGGAGAUGGAUGAUAUAAAAAUGUAGACAUCUCCACACACCCACAGAAAUGUCUUAACCGACUGAAAAAAAUUUAAAAAAGGAUUUGUAUUAAAUCUUAUUCUGUAUAUUUAAUGUAGCAUUUUUGUAUUUAAAUUGAUAAUUCAAUAUCUUUGAAGUAAAUUAUGAAAUUAAGACACCUGUACAGGCAUUUAAUGUUUUUUUUGUAAUAUAAAUAUAUACAUUUGUGUUUCGCCCAAAACUGUUUCAUAGUUUAAAAAUACAAGUUUAAUUUAAUUUUUUUACACCUAUUGAUUUUUUCUGGGUAUGAGCUAAAGUAUUAUUACAGAAAGGAAACAGGUUAUAUACUCUUAGAUUUGAAAAGUAAAAGAAACUGCAGCCGCCUUUGUAAAAUGCAAAAUAUUUAAUUAAAAGAGAUUUUAACAUAAUCAGAGCCACUCAUUACUUGUUAGAAGCCUCAAUAAACUGUCCAUCGCCCUGG